UGGGGGGUGUAGUGGGGGGAUGGAUGUGUUUGAGCAGAAGGAAAAAAAUAGAAGGGGAUGACGCUUCCAGUUUGAAGCCACCUGAUUCGAUGCCCUUGUGAAACCUGAUCUGUACUUGCGGAUUUCUCUAGGAAAAAAAAAAAAAAAAAAAAAAGAAGGAAAAGAAAAAAAACAUCCCAGGGCACUUAUGAUCAGCUCAGUUUGUGUUUCAUCCUUUCGCGGGCGCAAGUCUGGUAACAAGCCUCCUUCCAAGUCAUGUUUGAAAGGAGAUAUGGGCAAAAACGAGGACAGCGACAAGAUUGUCAUUAAUGUUGGGGGAGUCAGGCAUGAAACCUACAGGAGUACCCUCAAAACAUUGCCAGGAACAAGACUUUCCUGGCUCACUGAGCCAGAUGCCUUCAGUAACUUUGAUUAUGAUCCCAAAACAGAUGAAUUCUUUUUCGACAGGCAUCCUCAAGUUUUUGCCUAUGUAUUAAAUUACUAUAGGACUGGGAAGCUCCAUUGUCCUGCAGAUGUGUGUGGCCCACUCUACGAAGAAGAAUUGGCCUUUUGGGGUAUUGAUGAGACAGAUGUGGAGGCAUGCUGCUGGAUGAAUUACAGGCAGCACAGGGAUGCGGAGGAAGCAUUAGACAGCUUUGAGGCUCCUGAGCCAGUUGAGGAGGAAGAAGAUGGUGACUUGAAGAGACUUUGUCUUCAAGAAGAUGGAAGAAAGUUAAACUGGUGGAGAAGAAUUCAGCCUAAAGUUUGGGCUCUCUUUGAAGAUCCUUAUUCCUCUAAGGCUGCCAGGUAUAUCGCCUUUGCCUCCCUGUUCUUCAUUCUCAUCUCUAUCACAACUUUUUGCCUUGAGACCCAUGAGGCAUUCAAUGAUAUCCACAACAAGACUGAGACUAUUAUACAAGGCAACAUCACCAAGACGGAGACCAUUUUGGAAGUGGAAACCGAGCCCUUUCUCACGUAUGUAGAAGGCAUGUGUGUGAUAUGGUUCACCUUUGAAUUUCUCAUGCGUGUUCUUUUCUGUCCAGACAAGUUAGAGUUUAUUAAGAGCAGUUUGAAUAUUAUAGACUUUGUUGCUAUCUUGCCCUUCUACUUGGAAGUCGGCUUGAGUGGUCUGUCUUCCAAAGCAGCCAAGGAUGUCCUAGGUUUCCUCCGGGUUGUCCGAUUUGUUAGGAUCCUGAGAAUCUUUAAGCUCACUCGUCAUUUUGUUGGGCUCAGGGUUCUUGGUCACACUCUUCGAGCUAGUACAAAUGAGUUUCUCCUACUUAUUAUAUUCUUGGCACUUGGAGUUUUAAUCUUUGCCACCAUGAUAUACUACGCAGAAAGGAUCGGUGCAGCCCCAGAUGACAUCACUGGCAGUAAGCACACCAACUUUAAAAACAUCCCUAUAGGGUUUUGGUGGGCUGUGGUUACCAUGACAACUUUGGGCUAUGGAGACAUGUACCCAGUGACUUGGUCUGGAAUGUUGGUGGGUGCUCUUUGUGCUUUGGCUGGGGUGUUAACAAUUGCUAUGCCAGUCCCUGUUAUUGUCAACAACUUUGGAAUGUACUACUCCCUUGCUAUGGCUAAGCAGAAGCUACCAAAGAAAAAGAACAAACAUAUCCCUCGGGCUCCUCAACCUGGAUCACCCAAUUACUGUAAACCAGACAUGCAGUCUCCCCAUAGGAGUGCUACAGGAGAUGCCUGUCCAUUAGCUCAGGAGGAAAUCAUUGAGAUCAACAGAGCAGACUCCAAACAGAAUGGGGAUGCUGCUAAUGCUGCACUGGCCAAUGAAGAUUGCCCAACUAUAGACCAGGCUCUGUCACCAGAAGAGAAAUCUCCUGUCACUCCAGGGGCAAGAGAAAGAUACAAUCGUGACAGAGCAUGCUUCCUGUUGUCUACUGGAGACUUUGCACACUCCCCAGAUGGCAACAUCCGCAAAGCUGCUGGUUAUGAGAAAUCCCGGAGUCUAAACAGCAUAGCUGGCAUGAGUGGAAAUGCGCUCAGACUGUCUCCUAUCUCCACCCCAUUUGGGUCACCAUCUGCAGUGAGACGCCCACGGUCUCCCAUUCCCUCCAUCUUAUAGCAUGGACUCAACCAACUGAUAAGGGGAACCUUAACUAGUAAUAACAAGACAAAAACAUGCAUCAAAAAUGGCAAAAGAACACAAAAAGAGACUUUAACAAAUUCUAUUAUUUUUUAAGAGGUUGAUGAAAAUUAUAGAUUAUAUGCAGAUAUAUUUAAAAAAAAAAGUUUGGCUUUUAAAAUAAAAAAAGACAAAAAAAAAAACAAAAACAUUUUGCACUUUGCUGAUCAAAAAAAUUAAAAGACUUCCAUAACUCCC